GGCGCCGGGGCGGGCGGGCCGCCUGGGGCCGCGGGCAGUGCGGGAAUUUCGGACCGGGAGGAAGGAGCGGCGCGCGGCCCGCUCGCACAGGAGGAAAAAUGCCAAAUAAGAAAACAGCUGCAAAAAGAGCCCCUGCAAAAAGGAAACUUGCUGAAAUGUUUGGUCUGGGGGAGGUUCUAGCAGAUACAUCAAGAAAAGAAUGGAAAUUAGGUGGCCCUGUAGGGCAGGGAGGCUUUGGACGCCUAUAUCUUGCUGAUGUUAAUUCUUCAAAGUCGGUUGGCAGUGAUGCCCCUUAUGUUGCAAAAGUGGAACCCAGCCAGAAUGGACCUCUUUUUACUGAGUUAAAGUUCUACAUGCGAGCUGCUAAGCCAGAUGAAAUUCAGAAGUGGACUAAGUCCCAUAAACUGAAAUAUUUGGGUGUACCAAGAUAUUGGGGUUCUGGCUUGCAUGAAAGAAAUGGAAACAGCUAUCGAUUUUUGAUAAUGGACCGAUUUGGCAGAGAUCUUCAGAAGAUGUAUGAAGAGAAUGCAAAGAAAUUUUCCCAUAAAACUGUACUACAAUUAGGCCUGAGAAUACUUGAUAUUCUGGAGUAUGUCCAUGAGCAUGAAUAUGUGCAUGGAGACAUCAAGGCCGCAAACCUCCUUCUGAGUUACAAGAACUCUAAUCAGGUGUACUUGGUGGAUUAUGGACUUGCCUACCGAUACUGUCCUGAAGGAGUUCACAAAGUAUAUAAAGAAGAUCCUAAAAGGUGCCAUGAUGGAACUAUUGAAUAUACCAGUAUUGAUGCACACAAGGGUGUGGCACCAUCGAGACGUGGUGAUCUGGAGAUCCUGGGUUACUGUAUGAUUCAUUGGCUUAGUGGCCAUCUACCAUGGGAAGAUAAUUUGAAAGAUCCAAAUUUUGUCAGAGACUCAAAAAUCAGAUGUAGAGAUAAUAUUUCCAUUUUGAUGGACAAAUGCUUUCCUGGGAAAAAUAAACCAGAUGAAUUGGCCAAAUAUAUGGAAAAGGUGAAGCUACUCAGCUAUGAAGAGAAACCUGUUUAUCAGCAUUUCCGAGAAAUACUUUUGCAAGGUCUCAAGGGCAUUGGACAAAAGGAUGAUGGCGUGCUUGACUUUGGCUUGGCAGAGAAUGGAGACUUUCCAAGAAAUCCUGUGCAAAAGAAAAGAAGAAAGGCUGCAGCUAGUGAGAGCACUGAGGUGGAAAUGGGAGACACAGGAAGUCCAAAGAAAAAGAAAAUUGCUAUUUCUAAUGCAGUUGCUGCCAGAACUCAGAAGAUGACCUCACCAAAACCCAAGAAAAGCACAGCAACCAGAAAGAGAGUCCAGAAGUAAAUAAUAUAUGGAGCAACAAAUUAAGUUGCUCUGUGGCUCAUUUCUGGUUUGGUUGUGGUUUUUUUGUUGGUUUUUUGGGGGUUUGUUUUUUUCUUUUUCUGUGGGUUUUUUUUGUAGCACUGGAAUCUUUUUUUUUCUAAAUGAUGAAUCCUAUAAAAACAUGGACUGCUGUUUGUACCUGUUUUUGAAGAAUAAAUGUUUUAUUGAAACAUU